AUGAAGGUUUGGAUUGUGCUGCUCGGGGCAACCCUGCUGGCAGGCUGCCAGGCCAACCCGCUCGUCCAGGAUGAGCCCAAGACUAAGUGGGAAGAGGCCGUGAGCGUCUUCUGGAACUACCUUUCCAAGGUGGGACACGCCGCGGACAAUGUGACCGCCCAGAUCAAGAGCUCCCAGCUCAGCAAGGAACUGGACGGGCUGAUCACCGACACCAUGGCUGAAGUGGAGGUGUACAGAGAAGAGCUGCGGACUCGGUUCGGCCCCUAUGCCCAGGAGGCCCAGCAGCGCCUGGGCAGCGAGGUAGCGGCGCUGACGGGGAAGCUGCGGGCCGACAUGGAGGAGGCCAAGGGCCGGGUGGUGCAGUACACGGGCGACGUGCGCUUGAUGUUCAACCAGAACCUGGAGGAGGUGCAGGCCCGAGUUGGCAUGUACCUGCGCAAGCUACGCAAGCGCCUGGGCAAAGACACUGAGGAGCUGCGCCGCAAGAUGGCCGCCUAUGCCGGUGAGGUGCAGGCCCACACUGACCAGCAGGUGGAUGCUGUGCGCCAGGGCCUGCAGCCACUAAUCGACAGCAUCCGUGACAAGGGACAGCAGCGUCUGGAAGCCCUGAGCCAGGCCAUGGGUGAGCAGAGCCAGAAGGUGCGCGAGAGCCUGGGCACCCGGGCCCAGGAGCUGCAUGGGCACCUGCAGGAGAAGGCUGAGGAGGUGCAGAGCUCCCUAGACCAGGCUGCUGAGCAGGUCCGCCAGUGGUUUGCACCCUUCCUGCAGGAUGUCCGUGCCCAGUUACAGGUCCUGGUGGAGAAGCUGCAAGGGAAACUCCAGCUGUAA